CCAUCACGCCUUAUAUUGAGGAACAGGUUGCUGUGCUAUUAAGCAGAUUAGAUUAACUACUGUUUCCAGGACUGCGGUUCCUUUGGGAUGAACAGUUAAGCAACGCAUAUGGGUCUACAAAACUUGGUUUGAUUGAACAUUCAACCACCCAUCAUUAUUACCUUGUUCCUCAUAAUCAACAUGGUCCCACCGCCCCCUUCCAACAAGCCACACGUUUGCCUUUCGUGUGUUCUUAUCAUGAGUAGCAUGGCGCUGCUGGACGCCUACCUUGUGGAGCAAAAUCAAGGUCCACGGAAGGUGGGCGUCUGCAUCAUGGUGAUGGUAGGCGACGUGUGCUUCCUCAUCGUGCUGAGGUACAUUGCCGUAUGGGUUGGGGCCGAGGUACGAACUGCUAAACGCGGCUACGCCAUGAUCCUCUGGUUCUUCUACGUCUUUGUGCUCGAGAUCAAGGUCUACUUUGUCUAUCAGAACUACAAAGCGGAAGGCGAGAGAGUGGAAGCUCUUACAUGCAAGGCUUUCACGGUGCUGCUUUCCGUGUUCGUGCCGGGACUUUACGUUACGCUGGCAGCCAUCGACCACAUGGAAUACGUUCGGCCAAUCAAGAAGAGAGAGGAGCUGAGGAGUCGACUAUUUUGGGUUGUGGUGGACCUUCUCGACAUCUUGGACAUUCAGGCCAGCCUAUGGGAGCCUCAGAGAAAAGGGCUCCCCCUAUGGGUGGAGGGCCUUACUUUUUUCUACUGCUACAUACUACUUCUGAUACUGCCGUGUGUGUCGCUAAGCGAAAUAAGCAUGCAAGGUGUAAAUAUUGUGCCGCACAAGAUGUUGUUGUAUCCUAUUCUUAGUUUGGUCGCCAUCAACUUUAUUACGAUUUUUAUACGGGGAGGGAAUAUGGUGCUUUAUAGGGACGUCCGUGUGUCUGGAAUACUCAUGGGCAAGAACGUCCUCGCCAUUGUCCUGAAGACGUGCAGCUUCGUGCAGUACCGGAGACACCUUCAGGAGGCGCCGACACCCGCUCUCGCUCCGGAGCUACAGAGGGAUGCAGUGCCACAAAGUUCUCGAAGGGGAGUGCCAGUCGCAAUGCCAAUGUCCGUCACCCUGCCAACUCCGCAGGUAGUCAUACAAGAUCUCACCACGCUUCCAGAAGAGCCCGAACUUGAGGAAACAUGACAAAAGGUGGAAUUAGAAGAGUUUGCACGGAGGAUAUUUGGACAACGCACAACAUGAACUGCUAUGAGAUUUUUAUCCUAAAGUUAAUCCGGGUGUACACUGUCUGAUUUUUACUGUACUUUACCAUUGUUUCUUAUCAGAUUGUAUGACAUGAUAUUAAUAAGACUGUCCAGCCCAUACCACAGACAUUUAGCUAGACUUUGAUCGAAACUGACAGCACUGACUAGGCAUUAGUCACCACAGUGUUAAAAGAAAUCGUAAUAAUUAUUUUCAUCUUGUUUUCCAGUAGAAAUGCCAAAUUUUCUUUCAAACAAGAUACAUUUACACUUA